AUGUCCGACGGCGAGGUCGAAGUCGAAGCGCCUCAGGGCUACCCCGUCCUGCCCAAGGAUGUUACCAGUGAGAUCGGAAGCACCAAGCUGUUCAACAAAUGGAGUUAUGAGGACGUGGAGAUAAGGGACAUCUCCCUGACCGACUACAUCCAAAUCCGCCAGCCCGUAUACAUCCCCCACUCCGCAGGCCGAUAUGCCGUCAAGCGCUUCCGCAAGGCCCAGUGCCCCAUCAUCGAGCGACUCACCAACUCGCUCAUGAUGAACGGCCGCAACAACGGCAAGAAGCUCAUGGCUGUGCGCAUCGUGGCCCACGCAUUCGAAAUCAUCCACAUCAUGACCGACCAAAACCCCAUCCAAAUCGCCGUCGAUGCCAUCGUCAACUGCGGGCCCCGCGAAGACUCCACCCGUAUCGGCAGCGCCGGCACCGUGCGCCGCCAAGCCGUCGACGUCUCCCCCCUCCGCCGCGUCAACCAGGCCAUCGCCCUCCUCACCAUUGGCGCCCGCGAGGCCGCCUUCCGCAACAUCAAGAGCAUCGCCGAGUGUCUGGCGGAAGAGCUCAUCAACGCCGCCAAGGGCAGCAGCAACAGCUACGCCAUCAAGAAGAAGGACGAGCUGGAGCGCGUGGCCAAGUCGAACAGAUAG